AUACAGUCGUGGGGUUAAUUUGUUUAAAUAAGUUAAAAAGUAUUGAUUUAAUUGUUUAUUAUGUGAUUUAAUGUGUGCUGAGAUGCUGGAUGAAAAAUGUAAUUGAAUACUUUGUAAAUACGUAGCAGAGCAAGCAAAAGAAGCAUGACGUUUUAGACCUGUUGCAUAACAUGCUGGACGCUAAUACUUGUAGACUUUUAUUCAUUAUGGAUUUGAAUCGAUAUUUUUACCAUAUUGGAAUACCAGAGGAUGUUUUCUAGUCAUAAGCCAUCCAAUGUGUGAGAAGAAGAAGCCCCGUUUGGCAUUGUGUGGAUCUGCGUCAGUGUCGGAGUACUUGUGAUGUUGACGGUGGUCUCUGACCCAAACCCAUAAACAGUUCUAGCAACCGUCUGAAGAAUUAGCAGUACCAGUUUUAGAGGAAGUUUUGCUUUGAAGGAUCUGUGAGUCCACAACCUGUGUGCUCCAAUUGUUACUCCUUCACCAGAAAACCAACCAACAAACAACACUAGAAGAUAAAAAUUGGUAAUUGACUACCAGAUGGUGCAUUCAUUUUACUAAUUUCAAUAUAAUGGAAACAGAAGUUUUGAGGCCAGUCCGAGGAAUUGAAGGUUGUCUUCAAGGCCAACUCCUGGAUAUCCGGCGCACAACAUGUUGUCCGUUAUCAUUUUUGCCGAAUAAUUGGUUAAUCUGCACUCAUCGUUACUUAUCACAGAUACAUGCUGUAAUUUUGUCGGAUUGCGAAUGCGGUGCAAGUAACGUUGUGGCUAAACGAAUAGUUGGAGGCAGAGAAGCCAAACCACAUCAAUUUCCAUGGGCUGUCGCCAUCACCAGGAAAGGAUUCAUGCACUGCGGUGGUGCUCUCAUAAAUGAUCGUUAUGUUUUGACAGCUGGUCAUUGCAUCAGAUGGACAAAAGUAGAAACUUUGAAAGCGCGAAUAGGAGCGCACAACAUCCACAGCAAGGAGGGUUUAACCAUCGGUUUCAAGGAAGGCAUAUUACAUGAAAAUUUCACGUCAGACUAUUUGCAUGAUACUAAUGAUAUCGCCUUGCUCAAGCUUGAGCAUAGUGUCACCUUCGACAAGAACAUACUACCUGUCUGUCUGCCGAAUCCAAUGUCUACUUACGUCGGAGUUAAGAGUACCGUGGCUGGUUGGGGCCGUCAGGGACAGGAUAAGAAUCCCUCUGAUGUACUGCUAAUGGCUAACGUAUUCGUGAUGCGCGAUGAAGGUUGCAAACAAACGGCAAUUGGUGAACAUUUGACAAACGAAAUGUUGUGUGCAUAUAACACAAAUGUUGAUGCUUGUCAGGGAGAUAGUGGUGGCCCUCUGGUUUAUGAAAAAGAUGAAGGAAAAAUGGAAAUUAUAGGUAUCGUAUCCUGGGGCGUUGGCUGUGCCCGGCCUGGUCUACCAGGAGUUUACACAAAAGUUACAUCAUAUUUAGAUUGGAUAGCAGCUCAUUCACACGAUGCAGCGUUUUGUAAAAACUAGAUGAUAGAGGUGUGGGCCUACAUCAACACAAUAUUUUGACACAAAUUUGAAUUAAACUGUACAAUUAUUG